AUGGCUUCUACAGGCUCCAACGAAAGCUCCCCUCUUCUUUCUACAACGACGCCCAGCUCGACCGAAGCACAACGAAAAGCUCGAAAUGUAACCUUCAACCCGAAACCUUCGGUGAUAUCGAUCGACAGUGACACAAACGCUGCUCCUCGCCCAAGCACCGCAAUACCAUCCUCCCUCCUCCCCGGAAAUGCCUCCGCCGCAGCACAGCAACCCAUGCUCUCGGCGCUGAACAGCAGGAUCCGUCGCAGAAAUAGCUCGGGCUCCCCUCUUAUGCCUAUGCCGAACGUUCCAGUAUCCAAAAUAGGCCCACAGAGAACUUCGAAAAAUACAGAGAAGCUCAAGCUUCUUCCUAACCCCGAGUUUGGUGACGAUGGCCCCGAUGAAGAGAGCGGUAGGGAUGUGUAUUCGCAAUAUACACGGAUCAAAGACCCGACUGCAAGACGAGACGCUGCUAGGUUGGGGAAGGCAGACCGCGAUCGGUUACCAAGGGUUACGGCCUAUUGUACAGCGAGUAAAUACCAGCUGGAUAAUCUGAUGCGCUUCUUGAAAGGACGGGGCAAAACGAAGGGCGCAAACCCGAAGCAGUUCGAUGAAUGCAUAUACACACCGUAUAGCUAUGGCAGGACCCAAGACCGUACGUCGAGCAGGAAAAUGGAUGUACAGUCUCUGCCGGCGCAGAUGCGAGAGAGGAGACAUUCGGAUAGCGCUAUUCAGGCGGAAGAGAACAAAUCGCAUCGCAGGGAGAAUCUGACUGACCUACAUACCGAAGGUGGAGAUGUCACUCUCAGUAAUGGCGAUGGCGAUAUCCCAAAUUUACAUUCUGCGAUGGUGGAAAGACAAAUGCAAGACGAAACGAUCGCUACGGAAAGCAACUUAGAUUUCGACACGCAGAUCCAUACUCCGGAGAUCUUCCUCUUCGACUACGGCGUAGUAGUAAUCUGGGGCAUGUCGUUACAGAACGAGCAGCGGUUCCUGAAAGAAAUAGCAAAAUUCGAGAGCGAGAAGCUGGCUGCAGACGACGUGGAGACGGAGUGCUUCAAUUUCUACUACACGCGGGAGUACCAGGCCCGGAUAUACAAUGAUUUCAUCACGCUACGAGAGAAGGGGAAUUACAUGACCAAACUUGCCAUCUCGCACGCCUUGGCGCAGAGUGUAAAGACAUCCCUUUUCGAAGAGCUCGUCGACCACACCAUUGAAACCUGCAAAGAUAUCCCCACGCAAAUCGCCCUCACCGGCACAAUCGCCCUCAACCGCAAGCAGAUUAACAUGCAAAUCGGAGAGCUCUUCAUCCUACGUAUCAGUAUUCAUCUCAACGGCUCCGUCCUCGACACGCCCGAGCUCUUCUGGACAGAGCCGCAGCUGGAACCUGUGUACCAAGCUGUCAGGAGCUAUCUGGAGAUGGAUCAGCGGGUGAGUCUUUUGACAGAACGACUGGAUGUUAUUGCGGACUUGCUAGCCGUGCUGAAGGAUCAGUUGAGUCACGGACAUGGGGAGAUGUUAGAGUGGAUUGUUAUCGUACUCAUCGCCGCCGAGAUCGUAGUCGCCGCCGUGAACAUCGUUGUGGAUCUCUACGCAGGAGUCGACUGA